AUGACGUCUGACUGUGGCAUCUGCGGUAAAUCGUGUGAUGGUGAUGAGGAACAGAAAGUGAAGUGCGCUGGAAGUUGCGAGAAGUUUUUUCAUGCUCGCUGCAUCCAAGACGACGUCGUUGGCACUAAGACGCGUUCGUUUAGAGACUGGAAGUGUAAACAGUGUCGAGAGGUCGUCACUACUACCAAUGAGCUUCUCAAGGUUUUACAAGAGUUUAAAGCUCAAAUGUUUGAUGAACUAAAAACUACUAGAAAUGAGAUCACCGAUUUAACAGACGCUAUGCAGUUUAUGUCAAACAAGAUGGAUGAAUCUACGAACUUAAUGAAAAAUAUAAAAGAAGAACUUGCAUCGAUGAAGAAAGAAAAUGAACACCUUCGCAGUGACAAUGCCGCCCUGAACAAAGAGGUAACCUCCCUCAAGAGCAAGGUCCGUGCACUCGAGCAAUACUCCAGGAAGAACAACGUGGAAGUCAGCGGAAUCCCUGAAACACCAAAUGAGGACGUCAUGAGCUUGGUGAAGGACGUCGGCACUGCCCUAGGAGUGGAGAUCCAGGAGGGUGACAUUUCGGUGGCUCAUCGAGUUCCAUCCUACAAGAAGGAUCGUCCGCCGCCUCUCAUCAUCCAGUUCUCCAGGAGGGUAACCCGAGACACUUUGCUGCAUGAGUUUAGGGAUAGGAAGAAGUUAAAUGCUCGUCAGAUAAAUCCAGCCUUUCCAGAAAAAUCCGUGUACGUGAACGAACAUUUGGCUCCUGAAAACAAGUUGUUCUUGAAGGAUAUGAAGACGAAGUGUAAGGACAUUGGCUACCAGUAUGCUUGGUGUAGGGAUGGAAAGUUCUUUGUCCGUAAGUGUGAGAAUGAUCGGUGCAUCAGGAUCGAGUCAUGCGAGGAUCUAAACAAUCUCAAGUAA